AUGUUUCGAAUCUGUUACAGAACCCGAACCCUUCUUCGCUGCAAUCUUCCUCGCAGCAUUUCUUCUUCAAGAAAACCUAACAAUUCAACCAAUAAAACCGAAGAGAAUUUUCAAAUUGCACCAAUCACCGAUCACCGCCAACCGCUCUCUCCUAUCUCUCCGCAGUCUUCCUCUCGCGCUUACGUCGUCGCUCUAUCCGCCGCCGCAAUUCUCGCCUCCGCCGCCUUCCUCGCCUCCGACUACGUCCGUGACGACUCCGAUAGCCGGGCCGCUAAUCCUCUCUACACGGGCGCCCAGCACGCCGCGCGCACGGCUGCGGACUCCUUCGACCGGAUUUUCCACCACGCCAGACGCACCGGUGUCGCCGCCGCGGUCCUCUGGCAGUCGCUUUGCUCGGUGCUGUCGUCAGCCAACCAUGAAGUCCGCUCCGGCUUCGAGAUUCGCGUCGCAGCCUUGCUCGCCGACAUCGCGUCCGCGAACUCCUACCGCAGGGCCGCGAUCGUCGGUGCCGGCGGAGGAGGCGUCGUGGACUGGCUGCUGGAGGCCGUGGCGAAGGACGGCGGCGGCGGCACUCAGGCGGAGUCCGCGAGGGCGCUCGCCUAUCUGAUUGCGGACCCUAACGUGUCUGCGGUGGUGCUUGGGAGACCUCACGCGGUUCCAAAUCUUCUGCGGUUCAUCUUCUCGUGCCAGCCUCGGCGUUCUAAGAAUAAGAAGCAGCAUUCAAGACGUAGUGCAUUUGAUAUUUCUGAUUCUUUGAAAGGCAGGAGCAUGCUUGUGGCUGCCAUUAUGGAUAUCGUUACGUCCAGCUGUGACAAUACAGAAAAUGUAUUUUUUAAUCCAUCAUUGCCUGGAAAUGCUGAGACCAGAGACAUUGCUGCUGCCCUACAAGUAAUUGAGGAAGGGGGUUUGCACUUGGAUGAGCCACCUGAAGGUGAAGAUGAUGGUGGUGGAACAGGAAUGAAUGGGAUUGGAUUCAAAAUACUUGAAGGUACCCCUGUUUUUGGGCUUUCAAGGACCACCACUGAUUCCUAUAAUGAAGCAUUGAAACAUCAAACUCCUAAAACUAUCAUAUAUCAAAAUAAGUAUGACAAUUUGCAGCAACAAAAGAAUGUGUCUUCUGCUGUUGUUCCUGGUCUCUGGGAUGAUUUGCACUGUGAACAUGUUGCUGUACCUUUUGCCACCUGGGCAUUAGCAAAUUGGGCAACAGCAUCACAGUUGAAUAGAUCUCAUAUUCAGGAACUGGAUCGAGAUGGACAUGCUGUCAUGGCUGCUUUAAUGGCACCUGAGAGAUUGGUAAAAUGGCAUGCAAGUUUGGUGGUGCGGUUGCUAUUAGAAGAUCGCAAUACACCUUUGAAUGAUUCUGUCUCUGAAUGGGCUUCUAGUAUUCUUUCUACUAUAUCUCAGGCAUGCAAGCAUGAAGAUGUUUCUUUGGCUAAUGUUGCUUUCUCUGCCCUUCUCUUAUCUAUUGAAAGGAGCCCUGUAGUACAGAAGAUAGUGAUGGAGAAUGGUCUUAACCCAAUGAGAGACAUCACCAAGCAGAUGACAAAGCAUAAGCAGGUGCAAGAAGCAAUGGCAAAGGCAUUAGAGCUACUUUGUACUGGGGAGUUGCAUUUGUCUCUUGAAGAGAGUCAAAAAUGGUCAGGCAUUCUUCUACCUUGGGUUUUUGGAACAUUUUCCUCUGAUACUAUACGAUCUUCAGCCAUAAAGAUUCUUUCUCAGAUCUUGGAAGACUAUGGACCAACAUCUGUACCACUUUCUCAAGGAUGGUUAGCCAUGAUUCUAUCUGAAGUGCAAAGUUCUAUCAAGAAAUCAAAUGAUAAAGGAACCAGUGAACCAAAAAGUGAUAAUGUAAAGACAUUAAUCAAUAAUGCAAAUAUUGCUUCUGCUGUACAAGUUGCCAAUCAACUAUCCACUGCUGUUGUUAUUCUGGCAGCCAAAAAAAUGGGAAUUGCAUCUAAUUCUGGGGAUGCAUCAGCAAUGGCAGAUUUUCUAUCUCUGGAACCUUUAGCAGGGCCAUUUAAAAAUUUAAAAAAGGAUAAUCUGCCUAAAUUAGAUGCUGCAGAUUCUGCAAUGGCAACACUGAAAGGAAUUAAAGCUCUGACUGAAGUUUGUGCUGAAGACUCUGUAUGUCAGGACAUGAUAGUUGAUUUUGGGAUUUUAUGCUUGCUGCGGCGCUAUUUGUUGAGUGAUGAUUAUGAGAAACUGGCUGCUAUUGAGGCUUAUGAUGCAUCGUCUGGAGCACAUGAGGGGAAGGAACGGAUAUCAAAUGUAGAUGGGAAACCGUUUAUAUCAGAUGUACAUGAUUCAGCUAGUGUCCGAGUUCCACCCACUGCUCAUAUCCGUAAGCAUGCAGCUCGGUUGUUGACCAUCCUCUCACUGCUUCCCAAAGUCAAGAAGGUCAUCACAGCUGAUGAAACCUGGUGCAAAUGGCUAGAGGAUUGUGCUAAUGGGAGGAUUCCAGGUUGCAGUGACCUUAAAAUGCAAAGCUAUGCCAGGGCAGCACUUUUAAAUAUGUUUUGCGAUGACCAGCCUAAUGGAAGGAGUGGAAGUGGAGGUCCUUCUGAUGGAGGUGUAAAAAAUUAUAGGAACUCAUGUCCUCGUUAUGAUGACAUGUUAUUCUUGAUAAAUUCUCAUCUUCCCCACUGGAAAUGCCCAAAAGAAACAGAUGAACAAGAAUCUUUCUCGAAUGUGAUAUCUCUGGCUACUUCUACUGCUACUGACAAUGGAACAGAAUCCUUGAAUGACAGCAUCUGCUCUGUUUCUAAUGAUUCAACUAAAAACAACCCAGAUAGAAAUUUUCCUCCAUUAGACAUAGUUUUUGUCCAUGGACUCCGCGGUGGGCCUUACAAAACUUGGCGAAUAGCUGAGGAAAAAUCUUCAACUUCAUCACAUUUGGUGGAGAAGAUUGAUGAGGAAGCAGGAAAGCUUGGAACCUUUUGGCCUGGUGAAUGGCUUUCCAGUGAUUUUCCUGAAGCUCGGUUGUUCACCCUAAAAUACAAGACUAAUCUCACACAGUGGUCUGGAGCUAGCUUGCCUCUUCAGGAAGUUAGUUCUAUGCUAUUAGAUAAGCUUGUUGCUGCAGGAAUUGGGAAUCGACCUGUUGUUUUUGUUACUCACAGUAUGGGAGGUCUGGUUGUGAAGCAGAUUCUUCACAAAGCAAAGGAGGAAAGAUUUGAUAAUCUUGUGAAAAAUACAGUAGGAAUUGUUUUUUAUAGCUGCCCACAUUUUGGUAGCAAACUUGCAGAUAUGCCUUGGCGAAUGGGCUUUGUGCUUCGUCCUGCUCCCACAAUUGGAGAGUUAAGAAGUGGAUCCUCAAGACUGAUAGAGCUUAAUGACUUUGUUCGUCACCUUCAUAAGAAAGGGAUGCUUGAUGUCCUCAGCUUUUGUGAGACCAAGGUAACUCCAAUUGUUGAAGGUUAUGGUGGAUGGGCCUUUCGGACAGAAAUUGUACCAAUUGAGUCAGCAUAUCCUGGAUUUGGUGAAUUAGUCGUAUUGGAAUCAACAGAUCAUAUAAAUUCUUGCAAACCAGUGAGCCGCUUAGACCCAUCCUACACGGAGACGUUAAAGUUCUUGCGGAAAUUAAAAGCAUGUCAUGGCUAA